CAACUCCAGUGAACCGAAGCUAAAGUAGCUUAGCUAAAGUUUCUCCUUAAGUUUAAAAUGCCGCUUCUGAUUAAAGAUCAUUCCUGGACCCAGACUGAAAGCCUCGUGUAUAUCAGUGUGCCUUUAAAGGGAAUUAAAUCAAACAAAGUGGAUGUGAUUUGUACUGAUGAAUAUCUGAAGGUCAGUUUUCCACCGUUCUUGUUUGAGGCCUUCUUUUCUGAGCCAAUAGACGAGAACAAAAGUGUGGCAAAGAUCGGAAAUGGAGUUGCUGUGUUCACACUGCCGAAGAAGAAGGAAGCCCUGUGGGAUCAGCUCAGUGUUAAUAUUGAGAAAGACAAGCAGAGAGCGAUUCGAGAAGAAGCCAUCCUGAAAAUCCAGGAGAAAGAGGUGGAGAAGGCUGAAGCUAAAUCAGUGAGGAUCCAGCAGGAGAGAAAAUAUACUCUGGAGACCAUGAUGAAGCUGGAGGAAGAGAAACGUGCGAAUAUUCAGAAGAUGAAGGAUGAAGAGUGUGCAAAAGCCAUAGCGGAGCUGGAGGCCUGGAAGGAGAAGCCGAGGAAACAGGCUGAGGAAGAGGAGGUCAGACGAAGGCUACAGGAAGCUGCUGUUCAGGAUCGUAAACAAAGUCACCAGGAAAGAAAUUCAGAGAAAGCAUCUACAACCAGGGCUGGACGUGACCCCAGCAGAACCACAGAUGAGAUAAACAGUCUGAAGAAGUCGAAAAAGAUGGAUCCACCUCCUCCCAGAUCACCGGGCUGCAUUAAGAUCAGUUUCACUCCUCGUGUCUUUCCUACUGCCCUAAGAGAGUCUCAAGUACCUGAGGAGGAAGAGUGGUUAAGGAAGCAGGCCGAGGCCAGGCGAGCAACAAACGCUGAUCUGGCUGAGUUUGAUGAUCUAACGGAAGAGGAGAAGAACCCAGACUGGCUCAAGGAUAAAGGAGAUCGGUUCUUCAGGAUGGGAAGCUACCAGGCGGCGCUUAACGCCUUCGAUCUGGCUAUUAAACUCAAUCGACAGAUUCCUGCUUUGUUCUCCAAUCGAGCAGCGUGUCAUCUGAAGCUGAGAAAUCUGCACAAGGCCAUCGAGGACAGUUCCAAGGCUCUGGAGCUGCUCACACCAGCCGUCUCUGCUAAUGCAGCAGCCAGGAUGAAGGCCCAUGUGAGGAGAGGAACGGCGUUCUGUCAGCUCGAGCUCUGCGUGGAAGGCCUUCAGGAUUACCAAGCAGCUCUCAAGAUUGAUCCCCAAAACCAAGCUCUACAGGCCGACGCCCAGAAGAUCCGGGAGAUCGUCCAGGGCACGACCCCCAGCUCAUAGGGAACAACUGAGGGCAUAAAUGAGCUCGGGUCGCAGCAGCUGUGUGAGGAUGUUUGUGACUGUCGUAUCACACGCGGUAGUUUUAGCAUCCACAGCUGGAUCUGCUUAUUGAAUCCUGCUGAACUGAAUCCAUGCUGUUACACCACACGCUGCAGUGCAGUUCCACCCCUUUAUAACCAGUUAUCAUCACGCACUUUUAUAUAAAAAUAAACAAAAGAGUUCAUUUUGUUUCUUUGUUUUACCUCCACUUUAUCCUGAUCAGGGUCGCAGUGGGUCCGUUUUUCAUGGAAUCACACCCCAGAAAGAACGACGGCCUCGGUCAUCCUCCUUCUUCACAGAUACCCAGUCAUGUUUGUGUGUAGACACCCAACCGGCCAGUUUUUGCUUCAUAGUGUAUCACCAACCUUUUUGGGCUCAGGCUCACCUACAAUGGACUGAUGCACAUUGAAAAAAUGUGUUGCGGUCGAAGGUUUAGGCUUAUAGGCGUUUUUUGAAGAGAAAAAAGUUUUACAGUUUAGUGUUUUUGUUUUUUUUGCCAUGUUUGUGUUUUUCCUCUCAAUCCACUCAUUUCCAAUUUUCUAUUUUAAUUCCCUUGCUGCAUGCACCACCCCCACGCUGACUGAGGAAAGCCAUAGAUUAUCGUACACCCUUCUGUUAACUGUUGUAAAACUUAGGAGACAGGAGACAGAUCUGGACUGCAGGCAGGGCAGUCAAAGCACACACACCCUGUGCCUAUGGAGCCACAUUCAUGCAGAAUAAAGCCUGGAAUUGUCUUGCUGAAA